CAUGUUAUUGAAAACGCUGUACACCGCCGCCGCGUGCAAUCGGACUCCGCACGCGUUGGACUGGGCCGACGACGGGUUGAUAUACUUCGCCACCAAAAAUGCCAUUGCCGUGCUCGAUCCCGCCUACCAUGGUUCCUUGAAAAUUGUACGCAUCCUGGCGGGACACAAGGGCCAGAUUAACGUGGUUCGGGCGGUGCGCCAUGGUAGCAGCUGCCACGGUGGAAUUCACCUUCUCUCUGGCUCGAAUGAUGGUACCUGCAUCCUGUGGAACACGGCCAACGACAGCGUGUCCGCUGCACGGUUUAUUCUCAGUGGCCAUUGCAAAGGCGUCACGACGGUGGAAGCGUUUGUGGAAUCAUCAAACCGGCUGCUCGUGGCAAGUGGGUCUGUGGACAGCACCAUCAAGCUGUGGCACGCCGAUAAUGGUGGCACCCGUUUCGAGUGCUUCCAAACGAUAGAUCUACGGACGGGGCUUACAUUCGGUUUGCGGCUGUUUCCCUUGGCGACCUCAAACGUCACUAUGUUGGCUUAUACGACCGACACGGACAUGAUCAAUCUGUGCGUCGAACAGCAAGCAGCAGGCGAUGCAGAAAGGAGCUUUGUUCAAGUGGAACAGCUGAAGGGCCAUUUUGAUUGGGUCCGGGGCAUUGAUUACGUGCGUCUGCCCGGGAGUAAUGACUGCUUGCUGGCAAGUAGCUCUCAAGACACAUUCAUACGGCUGUGGCGCAUAUCUCCUCGCGAGUCGUUGAGGAAGCAGAAAGCGUACGCCGAUAUUGGCCAACACGAGGACAUAACCCUUGAAGAACGGACAUUCAGUGUUCGUGCCCCGGGCGGCAAAAACUACCACUAUGCGCUGUCCCUUGAAUCCGUGCUGCAGGGCCACGAAGGCUGGGUGUACGGUGUACACUUUUGUGUGAGAGGCGACGAAGUGCACCUACUAUCGAGUUCGAUCGAUAAGAGCCUUAUCGGGUGGACACCGUCCGAGAGUGGUGUUUGGGUAGAGAGCGUCCGGGUGGGCGAGGUCGGCGGUUCAUCACUCGGUUUUUACGGUGGCAAAUUCUCUCCGGAUGGACGAUCCAUCAUUGGGCACGGAUUUCAAGGUAGUUUUCAUCUUUGGCAUGAAGACGAGCAGAGUGCUGGGCUGUGGAAGCCGGGAACUAUCGUUGGUGGCCACUUCGGUGGGGUACGGGAUCUUGCUUGGGACCCGGCUGGAGGAGAGUAUUUGAUCAGCCUCUCCGACGAUCAAACCACACGAAUUCACGCCCCGUGGCGUCGACCGGUGGAGGACGUGGAGCAGAUAACAUGGCACGAAAUUGCACGUCCUCAGGUGCACGGAUAUGAUAUGCAGUGCCUAGCGUUACUGUCCCGUUACCGGUUGGCCAGCGCGGCAGAGGAGAAAAUUAUACGGAUUUUCCAGGCACCGCGUAACUUUGUGGAGAACUUCAGAGCCCUUUGUGGACUCACGGACGACAGCGAAGGGAAUUCGGUGGUGGAUGGUAACCCGAUGGGAGCCUCAGUUCCUUCGCUGGGACUUUCGAACAAGGCGGUGUUUGAUGUCGAGCAACCGGCAACCGAAGGGAGGCACAUUAAGGACAUGUAUCCGGAGCACUACUUCAACCCCAUUUCUAUGGAUCGACCUCCGGCUGAGGAAACGCUCAUGCAAAAUACACUCUGGCCCGAGAUCCAGAAACUAUACGGACACGGUAACGAACUUUACUCGGUGGCUGUGUCUCCCGACAGUCGCCUGAUUGCUUCCGCUUGUAGGGCGGCCUCCGCGGAUCACGCUCAAAUCCUGCUCUGGGACACCACAACCUGGCGCAUUGUGCAGCAACUGUCCGCCCAUCAGCUCACCGUAACACAAAUAUGCUUCUCGCCGAACAAUCGACUGUUGCUGGCCGUAUCCCGAGACCGAACUUUUUCCGUCUUCGAAAGGUCCACGGCAGAUGAUGGAUCACCCGAUUUUCAGCUUCGCAUGCGUUCCGACAAGAAGAGCGGUGUGCACACGAGGAUCAUUUGGUGCUGUGAUUGGUCGCACGAUUCAGAAACGUUCGCUACCGGAUCGCGUGACGGGAAAGUGGUCGCUUGGAAGCGCAAUCAAUCCGGCGCGCCAGAGUACGUUCCACUAGCGGUGUUGGAUCUAAAAAAUGAAUCUAUCACAGCACUGGCCUUUGCGCGGAGUAAGAUAGGCAACGAUCGUUACCUAGUGGCGAUCGGGUUGGAGAGGGGUACCAUCAAGUUGUAUGCACUGGGCGAAUGGACCAUGCUGUUGGACAUCGGCGUAUCAAACGCUCAUCAUUUAACGGUGAAACGCCUAUCGUUCCGGCCGCACGUUGAGAGUCAUCAGCUGGCCAGCUGCGGAGAGGAUGGCCUUGUUCGUAUUUAUUCGAUAGAGGUGUGAAGCUAGCGUAAUAAAACGGUUUCUCA